CAGAGUUAUAGUCGUAUUGUAAUUGGUAGGAGGCAGGCGCGGGCGGCGCGGGCGGCGGGCGGUGCAGUUUUCCCCGCCCGCGCCGCGGCGUGUUUUCCGCGAGGGGCGCGCCGCCCCGCGCCCGCCGACUCGGGAAAUCGUCCGCGCGCCGCGCUCGCCUCAGUCCCGCUCGGCCGUCGAGCCACCACGACGCUCACGAGACGCGCGCUGCACUCGCGAACCUCCGCUCGAAUCGAACGCCCGCCCGAUCCGCGCCGACCGAGAGCGCGCGGCAAAAAUAGUGAGCUGCGGCCGGGAGUGAUAGCCGAGCCCGGCGCCGCGAGCAUGCUGCUGCGGCCGCUGCUGGCGCUGGCGCUGCUGCUGGGGGGCGCCGCCGCCCGCCGGCACGCGCCCGCCCUGCGCGAGGACGAGCCGGCGCGCCGCACCACCCGCCCCGCCGAAUGCCAGUUCGGCAAGACGCCGAAGGAGCUGGGCUCCACGUGGUUCGCGGACCUCGGGCCCCCCUUCGGGAUCAUGUACUGCAUCAAAUGUGAGUGUAUGUCGGUCCAGAAGAAGCGGCGCGUGGUGGCGAAGGUGCACUGCCGCAACAUCAAGAGCGAGUGUCCGGAGCCGUCGUGCGACACGCCCGUGCUGCUGCCGGGCCGCUGCUGCAAGACCUGCCCCGGGGACGUCAAUUCUCCCGAUGUGGUCCAAGAAGACAGCCCUACGAUGAUCGUGACAAAUGACGAGGAGGAACUCAGUCUCAAACAUUUCGGAGCAUUGCUGACUGGUCGCUCGCCGCUCUGCAUCAGACGCGACGACAUGACGGGGGUGCCGGUGGCCGCCGGCGUGGCCACUGCCAGGUUCACCUUCCGAAGACGACACCUGUACUGGUCGGUGCUUCUGGGCCCCUCGACCAGCCACCGGCCGCGCGCCCUCUCCUUCCUGGAUCGAGGGGGACGGCUGCUACUCGAACAUCCAAUCAAGAAAGCCCCCGGGAUCCAUGCCACUUAUGAGGAGAAAACUGAUAAGAUCUGCGGCGUGUGGCGGCGCGUGCCCCGCGAGUACAAGCGGCUGCUGCGCGAGGGCUCGCUGUACGUGGCGCUGGUGUGGGGCGACGAGCGGAACAACUCCAUGGACAGCGCCAUCAGUGGACGCAUCAACAGAUACCCAGCGUUGUCAACGGAGAUGUUCACGACUCUUUUGGAGCCUGAAAGUCCUCCUACAAGUUCCGGGGGCGGGGCGUGCGACGACUUCAGAUUGCCGGGGCAGGAGGACGGGUGGUGGGGCGGCACGGCCGUGGUGACCGGGGCCGCCGGCGCCGCGCCCAGCCUGCACCUCGCCGUGCUCUACAACGGAGUCUUCGCACCCGCGUCCAGGGACCAGAGUGUGCGCUUGACCCUUACUCUACCUGAGAAAAACCAGACGAUCAUUGAUGAGACGCAGAAAGUGGCAAAACCCGGAUAUGAAAUGAACGUCCUGGAAGUAUCGACGCCAGUAUCCGCGGCUGAGCUUCGCUCGCUGGCGCGGGGCCGCCUGGUGCUGUCGGUGGAGGCGGUGGGCACCCCGGGCAGGCGUAUAUCCGGGCCGGUGGGACAACGUGCUGCGUGCGAAGUGUACCAGGCGCCGCUAUUAGCCGAGCGACCACCAGCCUCGCCUGUACCGGAAGGCUUAGCCUUCCUUUACAUCGAUAGGGAUGGGUCUUUGGUUUACGACAUACAGGUAGAGAAUCUGAGUGUAACUGAGCCAAAAAUAACAUUGGUCGAGGAGCAAGGCAAGCGGCAUUCGCAAGUAGAAAUAUUGGAGACGCAUUCUGGAGUUUUAGCUCGGCCGAGCGCAAGAAUUUUCCCACCGCUUUACGACGAUCAAUUGGCGGUGCACAUUGGCACUGACGUAGGCCCCCCCAUCCUCCGCGGGCGGCUGAUGGCGCGGCCGCUGCCCGACUCGGCGGGGCUGGGCCCGGCGCUGCUCCGCAAGACCGACGCGCGCGCGCCCGUCACCGCCACCCCGCUGGCCGGGCUCGCCUGGAUUUCUGUAGAUGCUUUGUGUGGAAUCCACUAUGAGGUGGUAGUAAACGGCGGCGAGGGCGGCUGGUCGGCGUUCCUCGAGACGCACUCGGGCCAGGCCAGCGGCGCCUACACCCGGGCGCUGCCGGGCAUAGACGGGUGUGUGCUGGAACCGGCCGGGUCAGAGCUGGCAGCCCUGCACGCCGGCGCCGCCUAUGUAGAUAUACGAGCACCUGAUAACACGACGGCGUUUCUGCGGACGCAACUGCAACAGAUCAGCGUCCCACAGACGUGCCUGCCCGCGGUGACGUGGAACGUGGACAACGAGCUGACGCCCUCGAACUACGUGCCGACCCACGUGAACCCUCCUCCCGACAACUCGCUGUCCAACGCUGCGUCUUGCCACUACGCCGGACGGUUCUACGAGGACGGCGCGCAGUGGAUGUCGACUGAGUCGUGCUACGUGUGCGGCUGCGUGCACGGCACGGUGCGGUGCGACCCGGUCCGCUGCCCGCCCGUCGCCUGCGCCGUGCCCACCAUCCAGCCGCCCGGGCAGUGCUGCCCUAUCUGCACCAACUCAACAACAGCAGUAUGGAACGAGUCGCACGGCUGCCACCUGGCGGGGCAGUACCACGCGCCGGGCUCCUCCUGGCACCCGUACCUGGUGCCGGACGGGUACGACACGUGCGCCAUCUGCACCUGCGAGUUCCCGUCGCUGCAGGUGCGGUGCCCGCGCGUGCGCUGUCCGCCGCUCAAGUGCGCUGAGCGGGACGCGUAUCGACCGGAUAAGAAGGCCUGCUGUAGAGUUUGUCCGGAGGUGAAAGUGAAGAAGCUGGAAGACGAGACGCUGAAGGACCAGGCUCAGCCGCGCACGGCGGCGGAGAUCCUGGCGGAGGGCGGCUGCGUGUUCCCCGACGGGCCGCUGCCCAACGGCAAGGAGGUGCACCCCUCCAUACACUCGCACGGGGAGCAGCGCUGCGUCACCUGCCGCUGCAAGGAUGGCGAAGUGACGUGUGUGCGGAAGCGCUGCGUGCGCGCGGCGUGCGGGCGGCGGCGGCGCGGCGACGGCUGCUGCUGCCAGCGGCACCGGCGCCACCGCCGCGUGGACCCGCCGCCGCCGCUGCCCAGCUGAGCCCGCCGCCCGCCCCCCGACUACUACCGCGGGCCGCCUGCCGCACGGCCGCCGGGGUGAUAGCACCACCUGGAACGAACCAACGUGCGGGUGCUCAUAACCUUUGUAUUUAUGGAACGACUUGUGUACACGUUUCUUUUUGGAAAUGCAAGUGCCUCUAGGUUUAUAGCACUAGUUAGUGUGAGCCAUCUCCGGCUCGGCUAUCACCCCGACUGGGCCCUGUAUACACCCCGAGACUGCUUGUAGGCUAAGUGAGUGAACGCUUCGCUCUAUAGACUGAUAUAUUUUUUCUGUGAAUGUGUCUCUAGUUUUAAACGUCGUCGGUGUGAGUGACGCGUGGUCGUGGACCGUUCAUUCGGUCGAAACAAACAGUUUAUAAUAAAAUGGCUUUACUUAUACUAUGUUAACAACACUGAAUAUUUAUUUACCCACCGGUAUUUUAAUUGGUAUUAAUACGAUGUCCCAAAAUUUAUAGGCGCAUUACAUAAUAUUACGGCCUACGGGUGGAGUCUUGGCCGGCGCUUCGAGAGCCAUGGACAUGUCCGCUAGUGACUGAGAUUCCAUUUGUUACGUAAUUUAGUUGUCUGAAUGUAGGUUAGUUAAAGGAGUCAAGCGCGUUGGAUAAUAUUAAUGAUGUGCCAUAUUUUCUUAAUGUAAAUAUAAAUUAUUAUUUUUAAUUAUACUACUUACGUGCAUAUUUAUUUAGUACCCUUAUAAACCAUUUUGUAAUCAGCCAUCACAAUAAUUUGUAAUGGAUUGAUAUGUGUAUUCCUCUUAGUUAGAGUUUAGUUCCGGAGCAAGGAACAGUAACUGAGACGCGAAGCACCGAAGUGAGCGAUGUAUCUGUAUGUCAUGAAAUCAUGAAAACUCAUGAACGACACUUCGUUAGGAAUGGGUCUGACUUGGUAAUGUGAUUGCCAAGCAGCGGUUAACUUGUAAAUAUUUGUAAUUUCAUCUUUAGUUAUCAAUACUUUAGAUUUUUUAUAAUUGUAUACUAUUUUAUACUGUUUAUUAUGGAGUGUACCGAUAUAAAUGAUUGUUAGAUAAGUUAGUAUACACGAAUUUCGUGACUAGUUUUUUUUAAUUACUAGGAUAACGGUUUUAUAGUUAUGUAAUUAAAGAAGCUAGUCCAAAUAAUAUCACUGAUGUGAUGGAAUCGAAUGCCAUGUAGAUAAAGAGGAGUUAAGAUUUUGAACUGUUACAAGAUGCGUCACUGACUAUACAUUCUAAAGUAUUUAUUUUAGACGUCGUAUCGACAAGAAAUUGCCAAAAAUUUUGAAUUGGGUUUUGUGGUAUCUAGUCCAUCAGGAAUGUAAAUUGUAUGAUAAUGAAAUUGGAUGUUUAAGCAUAGUACAUAGAAAAGAAUUGGUGUAUUUGGUCACUAUUGGAGGAGCAAAUUUAUAUUUGGUUUCGAUAUUUUUAUUAUUUAAUCCUAACAAUAGCAAAGUAGUCCCCCUGUGGCUUGCGAAUAACAAACACCAUAAACGAAUUUAUGAAUCGCUUGUGUCGCGUUGUUUUAUCUGUAUUCUUAGAAUAAUGAUCCCAAUCUAUACCCGUUGCAAUAAACAACUACCGAGGGAUGACUUAUUGAGCCUAUUAUUUGGUGUCCUAUACGAAAUAUAACAUACCUACUGUAUUUCAUAUGUCUGCAUUAUUGUUUAUUAAUUGUUCUAAAUUCCAUAAUUUGGUUACUUUAGGUGCAACCAGUCAAUAGUUUGUACUCCGUCUAUCUUCCAGUUAAAUAAGAAAUAAAUCACAUAUGAACACAA